CGCCUCCAUCGACGGGUCUGCAGUGUGGGUGCUAAGAAAGUAAUUUCAAAGCCAUUCUGACUAUGGCCUUUGAAAGGAUAACACAAAAGGACUGGUACAAAAUCCUGGGUGCAAAGCCGUCGGACAGUCUGGCAGAACUAAAACGGAAGUACCAAAAACUUGCUUUAUUAUAUCAUCCAGACAAACAGAAGGCAGAUGUGCCAGCAGGAGAAGUGGAGGAGCGUGUGCAGAGGUUCAUCGAAAUUGAUCAAGCGUGGAAAAUUCUAGGGAACGAAGAGACAAAAAAAGAGUAUGACCUGCAGCAGCGUGAAGAUAAUCUGACAAAAGAAUGGCCACUACAUGCACAAAUUUAUCUUGAGGAUAUGUCCUGGAAUGAAGAUGAACAAUGUUAUACUCUGUCAUGCCGAUGUGGUGGGAAUUACAGUGUCUUCAAGAGUGAAACCAAAGACGUAUCUUUGGUUUGUUGUGACACAUGUUCACUUGUUAUCGAGAUCCUUCAAUGAUCAAGCACAUUA